AUGACAUCCGCCCCUCAGAGGCCGAUUGAUGUCCCUCCAUACCAACUACAACCUCUACUUUCCGACGUGGUGGAGAGUCUAACGGGACACACAGUGCACAUACGGUGCGCGCAAGCAAUUGGGUCGGAGAUCUACGUUGGCUGCGACAAUGGUGAACUACUGCGUUUCGCUCUCCAAGCCAGCAGCUCCGAGGCACCAGAUUCGUACACCCUGCUCUCUCGGCAGUCACUACCAAACGAGAAACCUAUUGAUCAGAUUGUGCUCGCCCCCAGCAUUUCUCGAGCACUGAUUCUUUCCGACCGUCAGAUCCACUUCUACACUCUGCCGGCGCUCGACGUAAUCUCGCCCAACCAAAUCAAGCCAAUACGCAACGUUGUCACGUUUGCUGUGGAUGAGCAACACCUGAAGAGGCCACCACAGUUCAUGAACGACAUUCCUGUCCCUGUGGAACCUAUCGAGUUUUGUGUCGUCAAGCGUAGUGCCAUCUCACUCUACAGUCUGCGUGAGCGACUAUUCUUCCAGAAGGAAAUUCCCCUACCCUCAGGAGGUUUUCUGGCGCGGCGCACUGGAAAGUACCUGUGUAUCGCCGACAAGGAAUACUACAACGUGAUCGAUUUAGUGCAAGCCUCCAUGGUUCCCCUGCUUCCUAUCUCGCAAGCGCCAGAUACGACGGUGGCCGUGAAGCCUUUGAUCACGGUCAUUACGGAGAAUGAGUUCCUCCUCCUGUCUUGGACGGGCGCCAGCACUAUAGGCGUAUUCAUCACCGGCGACGGUGAUCCGGUUCGCGGGACAAUCGAGUGGCCCAGCCAUCCCGAGGCGAUUUCACUCGACUACCCUUACUUGACGACUCUCAUGCCAAACGACACUAUCGAGAUCCACAGUAUCGAGACGCAGGGCAUCGUCCAGGUUAUUCCCGCUCCCUCUGAGGAGUCUGGGGAAAAUAGGAAGGCGCUCAUCGCGUGUCUGAAUGGGUUCUUCAUACCGUCUACGCAACGAUCAGAGAAGCUCCGGAAGACGCCCGUACGCUUGCUUGGCAGGAAACCAGCGAAGCAGGAGGAGGAGGAGGAAGAGGAAGGGGAGGAUGACUGGACAAAAGCUAGAGGGGAGCUCGACACUGUGCCUGAUAUCCCUGCUCUGGAUGCGUGA